AUGAAACAGAUUUUACUCUUCUUCGCCAUGAUGCUUUACCCAAAAUUAGCUAACUGCGUGAAGACAUGCCUGCGCAAGGCUUCGUGUGAGUUGAAGGCGGAGGAGGGUAUCGGGCGAAGUGUGGCUGAAGUUGUCGAAGAAGAGGGUUUUGAAAUCCGAACAAUGCAACAGAUUUUACUCUUCUUUGCAGAAUUGCUAUAUCCGCAGUUAGCUCAAUGUUGGAAGACAUCUCUAAAUACGACUCCAAGUGAGUUGGAAGCAGACGAAGUAUCAGGAAGAACCUUGGAGAACGAAGUUGAAGUCAAAGAGAGUGAACUAGAUGGAAUGAAGAAGCUUUUACUUUUCUUUGCUGAGAUGCUGUAUCCACAAUUAGUCCAAUGUGUGAACACAUGCCUAGCCAAGACGCCGUGCGAGUCAAAGGUGGAAGAAGGCAGUGGGAAAAGCGGAGAUGAGGAAGUUGAGAUCAGGAAGAGUAAAAUGAAUGAGAUGAAGCAGCUUUUGCUCUUCCUAGCUGAAGUUCUAUAUCCACAGUUAUCCCAAUCUGGAAGGCCAUGCUCAACUCAGACCCCUUAUGAAUUGAAAGAGGAUGAAGUCGUCGGAAGGAGUUUGCUUGAUAAUGUCGAAGUAAAAGAGGGUGAACAAGAUGAAAUGAAGCAACUUCUAUCCCUCUUUGCCGAAAUACUUUUUCCAAAAAUACUUGAGUGCGCGAAGACGUGCGCAACAAAAACGUCAUUUGGAUGCAAGGACAAAGAAGUUAUUGAACAAACUGCGCUAAAAAAAGUCAAAUUAGAGGAAUGUGAAAUUCGGCAAAUAAAAAAGGUUCUACUAUUCUUUGCUAAGAUGCUCUAUCCAAGUCUCUGCCAAAGUUUAAAGGUUUGGAUCUUUAAAACACCAAGUGAGUUUAUGCCAACAAACCAAAGCGAAAAAUACAAUGCAGAAGAAGUGGAACUUCACGAGUGCGAAGUGCGAAAAUUGCGGAAAGUUUUACUAUUUUUUGCUGAACUUCUUUUUCCGCAACUAGCCUACUACUUAAAAGAGAGGGAAAUUGAAACUCCGAUUUCCUUAAAGUUGGAAAUUAUAAGAUGCAAAGUACCAACACAAUGA